AUGUACGCAGACUUGGAGGAGGCACGCAAUCGACGAGGUGGGCGCCGUCCAUCUCGCAGCUCCGAUGUCGAGACUGAAAGGAGCACCCCCAGAUCGAGUCACGAAGAUCAAGGACCCCGGUCCAGGGAGAAGGAGCUGGCAGAACAGCUGCGCAAACGAGCUCAAGCCUCUCGUUCUGGCGGCGUCAAUGGGGACAGCUCGAGGGGACGAAAGCGUUCACCCUCCGUUUCGAGUGCUUCUUCGCGCGCAUCUUCUCCAGCUCGAUCCGCCGCACGUAGUCGUAGCCGCAGCAGGGACAGCGCAUACAGCAGACGCAGCCACCAUUCGAGGAAGAGCGUGUCACGAGCGGAUGAAGAGGCGGAAGAGCGCAGGAAGCGACGCAGAGGCGAGGACAUUCCUCGACGAGACCGAGAUCACCACGACGACGACGCCGAGGAGCGCGCUCGAGAACGACGCCGUCGUCGAAGCGACCGGAGGGAAGCCUCUGCAGCGAUUGAUAGCCACCGCUCCAGUCCUGCUCCUUCAUCCAGCCGUGCCGACCGCGAUCGAUACGAUUCCUACUACGGUGACCGACGCGAUGACCGACGCUACGACCGCGCAGGCGACCGCGGCCAUCACCGACGAGGCAGCCGCUACGAAGAUGACGCUCGUCGCCCUCCACCCAGACGUCGCGGCGGUCACUACGAUAGUCCAUCCGUUUCGACUCGAUCUCGUCGCACUCCCAGCCCGGAGAUCGAUGACUAUGAAGAGCGCUCCGUCUUCUGCAGUCAGCUCUCGGCUCGACUGGGUCAGCGCGACCUGGGCGAAUUCUUCGAAGAUCACCUGGGCGAAGGCGCUGUCCAAGAUGUGCGCAUUGUCAUGGACCGCAUGACGCACCGAAGCAAAGGUGUCGGUUACGUCGAGUUUGCUGCUCGCGAGCUGGUGCCGAAAGCGAUGGACUUGACGGGCAAGAUCGUCUUUGGCAUUCCCAUUGUUGUGCAGAGGACUGAUGCUGCUCGCAACGGUGGUGCUUCGCAAGGUGCCGGCGAUGCGGCCCAGCGUCAUGGCAUGGCGCCGCAUCCCGCCGUGGCAGCAACCCAGCUCGACCCUCAUGUUCUGGCGAACGCUCCGUUGCCUAUGCAGUAUCACAUGGCUGGCGCACCUAUCCACCUGAAUGCCGCAGCUCCGGCACCACGAGCUCCUCGUCCCGGUCCCAGCAUGCCCAACACCGAAGCAAGGCUGUACGUCGGCAGCCUGCACUUCAGUCUUACCGACGAAAACGUCAAGGCCGUCUUCGAACCCUUCGGCGAGAUCGAGUACGUCGAUUUGCACCGCGAACCGGGCACGGGCAAGAGCAAAGGUUUCUGCUUCAUCCAAUACAAGCAAGCCGAAGACGCCAAGAAGGCGCUUGAGCAGAUGAACGGGUUCGAGCUGGCCGGACGCGCUAUCAGGGUGGGCAACGUCAAUGCCAAGGGAAGCGGCGGAGGCUCAUCGUACCAGAAUGGUUCUGGCCAGUCGGAAGGCGGCGGACACCUUCCGCAGCUCACGUCUGCCUUCGACGACGGCGGAGGUGCCGGUCUCAACCCAGAGCGACGAGCCGCUCUGAUGGAGAAGCUCGCACGCAACAACGAGCCAUCUCCGUCAGCCUCCGAAGCCGCGACGACGACGCAGGAGCGUCCAGCCGGCAUCCCAGAAUCGACCUCGACGUCGUUGCUCCUUAAGAACAUGUUCAACCCGGCCGAAGAGACUGAGCCUGACUGGGACAAGGAUCUCGCCGAGGACGUCAAGGACGAGUGUCAAGCCAAGUACGGACCUGUCUCCAGCAUCCACGUCGAGAAGGACUCGGCCGGCGAGAUCUACAUCACUUUCGCCAAUCUCGAUGGUUCAAGAAAGGCACUCGAUGGCCUCAACGGGCGAUUCUUUGGUGGCAAGCCCAUCAGCGCGCAAUACAUUCCGGACGCCUUCGUGCAGGCCAAGCUGGGUUGA